AUGACCCUGAUACAAUCCCUGAUCGAGCGUGAUGCCGCUCCCGAGCACCAUGUGGAUAGGUCGAUGCAGAAGUGGAACUACGCCACACAGUCACUGUGCAUAAUAUUCAUGACCAUUUUUUUUGGGCUACGGGUCUACACUCGAACAUCGUUGCAGAGGAAUUGGGAGCAGGAGGACUGGUAUUGCUCGGCGGCAUGGUUGCUGGGCGUAAUAUACUCGGCUAUUGCUCUGGCAAUGGGCCAUUAUGGCGGAGGUGUCCAUUGGGAUGAUGUCUCUGAGGAUAACCGCACGCAGUUCCAGAAGCUCACCUACGUAACAAUGGUCAUGUACGGACCUACCGCAUUCUUAACCAAAUUGACCCUUCUAUGGAUUGUGACCAGGGUUUUUAGCCCAUUCAAGAAAUGGGUCAUCUUCAUUUACGUCUUUCUGGGCUUGAUGCUUAUUUACUACAUCCCCGCCGUCAUCAUCAAAAUCCGCAUCUGCAUGCCAAUCUCGAGAUUCUGGAACGAAGAACAGCCCGGAUCUUGCAUGAAUAGGAAUGCCAUAAUCAUGGCUGAUGCUGUCGUCAGCGUCGUUAGCGACUUGAUCGUCCUCAUUAUGCCUCUUCCCCUGACAAUGCAGCUGCAAAUGUCCAAAAAGAAGAAACUGAGAGUGGUCGGUAUUCUGGGGGCGGGCGGGCUUGCUUGCGCCUCAAGUAUCAUUCGCCUUGUCCUCAUUCAGUUGACCGGAAAGUCGACUGAUGCUACUAUUGCUUUUAUGCGCAUAAACAUGUUCGGAAAUGCUGAGAUUGCCAUCGGGGUUGUCUGCGCAUGCUUGCCCGCUCUUUCCGCGUUGAUUAGUCGAACAUACAAUGAAUACAGCAGCAACAGGUACAAUAGCCACGAAUCAGACUAUCACCUGAGUGAGAUGCGGAAUACGACGAAGGGCACUCGAGUGCAGGGCAGCAGGAAAAUGAGUGUUGCAUCGGAUGAGGGUACCCUCAUAGCGAAUGCGCAGAGCAAACCCAAGGAUAACGAAGUGGGUAUUAUGAGGACUGUGGACAUCUCAAUGUCAGUGGCCUCGCGCGACUGAUAAGCGCCAGUUGCCUGUUCUUGGGAAACAGGAGCAAGGGUUUGGCAUUGCGACAGCGCGAUAUGCUACCAGGCCUGUCACUGACAGACCUAUUUUUGAACCGGAUCUAUUAUGGACUUUCAAACUUACGCGAUUUUCUUACCUUCAGAUUUUAUUACCUUCACACUUUACGCUACAGCCACUGGCUAUCCAGUUUUUACCUAAAUAUUUAAUUUCUGGGACGAUAUUUUAGGGCUCUCAAUGUCUAUGCAACGGCGAGGCGGUGGUAGCAGGCCCAUAAAAACUGGCAAACAUCAUUAGGCGGGAUAUUGAAUAGUUGCGAGAUACCACGAACAGGAGACUUGCUAUUGCCGAACCAUAAAGCUUUACUUUUCAUUGGAUUUAUUUGGAUGGUUGAAAAUGAAAGACAUUUUUCCUUUGUGAAUUUAGAGCCUAACCUGUCCUCUGAAGAACUAAUGCCAA